GACAAUAAAAGUACGAGUUAAUAUUUAGUAACACCGAAUCCGGUUUUAAAAGUAUAGUAAUCACAUUGCAAUUUUUGUAAAUUCUUAGGUUUCUCUUAGAUUAAAAUGGCAAAUUCGAUGAAAGAUUCGGAUCCUGACACACAAGUCACAUAUGAUGAUCAACAAAAAAUUAACCAGUUUGCCAGAAACAAUGCCAAACUGCAGGAUCUCAAGGAUGAGUUAGAGAACAAAAAGAAAGAAUUGCAGAACUUGGAGGAUGCUUGUGAUGAGAUGUUGAUGGUGGAGGAUGAAUCUUUAGUCCCAUAUCAGAUAGGAGAGGUUUUUGUCAGUCUAGGGGUAGAUAGCGCUAAUGAAAUGUUGGAAAAGGCAAAGGAGAACACGAUGGAAGAGAUGAAGGGCCUAGAACAACAGUGUGAAGCUAUUCAGACUCUACUGCAAGAUCUAAAAGUGAAAUUGUAUGCCAAAUUUGGAAAUAAUAUCAAAUUAGAAGCCGAUGAAGAGUAAUAAAAUCAUUUUUCCAUAUGUUUUGAGAAAUUUUCUUCUUUCAUAUUUAGAAAUCUACUGUGUAUGUAAUAUGUAAAACGUAUGUUUAUUAAGACGUCAAUACAAACAUAUUCAUCUUAAA